AUGCCUCUAGCCUCGCGACCGUCCCUGACAUUCCGCCGUUGCGCGCAGGUACCCGGCGGGAGGGUUCACGCCGCAGCCUGCGGGCAGCUUCUCGAGCUACCCGACCAACGGCGCCGACUACUCGCAGCAGGGCCACCAGAGCCUCUCCCGCAAGCAGACGUCGGCCGAGGUGCGUCCCUGCGUCCGCUCCUUCCUCGCGCAGAACGAGCGGCGACUGACUGGACCUCGUUGCGCCCGUUCCCCUCGCAGGCGUGGAAGCAGCGCCAGGUCAUCAACCCGCGCCGUGCGCAGACCAAGAAGGUCAAGCUCACGCAGGGCAACUACAUCGUCGAGCACCCUGUCCCGACUGCCGUGCGCAACGCCAACCUCGCCAGCAACCCUCAUGGCGGCCCGACCGAGUUCUCGCACCUGCGCUACACGGCGGCGACGUGCGACCCGAACGACUUUACCGCAGCUAACGGCUACAGCCUGCGCGCCUCGUCGUACGGCCGCGAGACCGACCUGCUCGUCUGCAUCACGGCCUACAACGAGAACAAGAUCCUCCUCGCGCGCACGCUCCACGGCCUCAUGCUCAACAUCCGCGACAUGUGCCGCGGCAAGUGGAGCGAGUUCCGCCAGAAGGCCGAGCGCGGCGGCGUCGAGGGUGGGCGGCAGGGCGAGGCAUGGAAGCGCAUCGUCGUCAGCCUCGUGUUCGACGGCAUCGACCCGGCCGACAAGAACACGCUCGAUGUGCUCGCGACUAUCGGCGUCUACCAGGACGGCAUCAUGCAGAAGUCGGUCGACGGCAAGGAGACGGUCGCCCACAUCUUCGAGUACACGUCGAUGCUCUCGGUCUCGCCCAAGCCGGCGCUCGUCGAGCCGCACCCGGGCGACCCGAACAACCUGGUGCCCGUCCAGAUGAUCUUCUGUCUCAAGCAGAAGAACGCCAAGAAGAUCAACUCGCACCGCUGGCUCUUCAACGCGCUCGGGCGCCACCUCAACCCGGACGUCGUGUGCCUCCUCGACGCCGGCACCAAGCCGGGCAAGCGCAGCAUCUACUACCUGUGGGAGGCCUUCCACCACGACAAGCACCUCGGCGGCGCUGCAGGCGAGAUCCACGCCAUGCUCGGUCGCGGCGGCAAGAAGCUCCUCAACCCUCUCGUCGCGGCGCAGAACUUCGAGUACAAGAUGUCGAACGUCCUGGACAAGCCGACCGAGUCGGCGUUCGGCUAUGUCGCCGUCCUGCCCGGCGCCUUCUCGGCGUACCGCUUCAGUGCCAUCCAGGGCCGCCCGCUCAACCAGUACUUCCACGGCGACGGUACGCUCGCCGCUCGCCUCGGCCCCAAGGGCACGGACGGCAUGAGCAUCUGGACCAAGAGCGCCCUCGCCGCAGACAUGUUCCUCGCCGAGGACCGCAUCCUGUGCUUCGAGCUCGUCGCCAAGGCCAACGAGCGGUGGGUCCUCGGCUACGUUAAGCCGGCCAAGGGCGAGACGGACGUGCCCGAGUCGGCCGCCGAGCUCAUCGGCCAGCGCAGGCGCUGGCUCAACGGCUCGUUCGCUGCCGGCGUCUACUCGCUCGUCCACUUCGGGCGCUACUACAAGAGCAACCACGGCAUCAUCCGCCUCUUCUUCCUCCACCUCCAGGCCAUCUACAACACGAUCAACCUCAUCAUGAGCUGGUUCGCCGUCGCCAACUACUACCUGACGUUCAGCAUCAUCAUCACGAUCGUCGGCGACUCGCUCGUGCACCCGAACGACAUUGCCGGCGGCGACCCCGACACGAUCAAGUGCUGGGCCGGCUCGUUCCUCGAGGACGACGGCAGCGACAAGUUCGACUGGCUUGCCCUCGUCAACUGGCUCUUCAAGGUCAUCUAUCUCGGCUUCCUCGCCUUGCAGGUCAUCCUCGCGCUCGGCAACCGCCCCAAGGCGGAGAAGCGCGCCUACACCAUCUCGAUCGCGGUCUUUGCCUUCUUCUCGCUCUACCUCAUCGUGUGUACGGUCGUCCUCACCAUCAAGGCCUUCUGUCCGAUCGGCUCCCUCCUCGCCAAGUCGGACAGCGGCAACGUCAGCGUCUUCCUCGGCAGCACAUACGGCCCCAUCUUUGCCGGCAUCGCCGGUACUUUCGGCGUCUACAUCAUCUCGUCGCUCCUGUACCUCGAGCCGUGGCACCUCCUGCACUCGAUGCCGCAGUUCCUCCUCAUCGCGCCGUCGUUCACCAACAUCCUCAACAUCUACGCCUUCUGCAACCUGCACGACGUCUCGUGGGGCACCAAGGGCUCGGACAAGGUCGAGGCGCUCCCGGCGGCCAAGUCCAAGGCGGACGGCGAGGAGAAGGUCGUCGAGACGCACGAGCGGGUUCAGGAGGACAUCGACUACAGCUUCAAGGCGACCGUCCUGCGCGCUGUCGAGACGUUCGUCGAGGAGGAGGAGGUCACGACCCCGACCGGCGACGACCGCAACAAGACGUUCCGCACGCGCUUCAUCUGCGUCUGGCUCCUCAUGAACGCCGUGCUCGCCCUCGCCAUCACCAAGUUGAGCGCGACCGUGCGCACGUACUACUUCCAGGCCAUCUUGUGGAUCACCUUUGGGCUCUCGAUCAUUCGCCUGAGCGGCAUGCUCUGGUACCUGUUCGGCGAGUGGACGUUCCGCGCCGCUCGCUUCUGCUCGCGCUCGCGCAAGUAGUCGGUGUCGCGAUGGAGGAACGGGAGCAGGCAGGAGGGAGGAGGAGGAGGUCGACGGACACUGGCUUGGAUUUUAUCACCCUCUCUCGCUUUUCCCCGCGACUUGCUGUGCUCGUCUGCACUUGUAGAUGUCGUUCCGCUCUCGCUGUAUUGCACGCACUCGCAGCCUU